CGGUAGUUCCCAGAAGAUGUGCCGUGUUCUAAAUUUUUAAUCAAACCUACUCCCCAGUUCCCACUCUCUCGCAGCGCUUUUAAGGCUGAUGUUACUGGUAAUGGUUUUCGAUAAUGGAAACGGACGACGUGUCGGCAAGGGAGCAACUUUUCCACAACCGCGUCCGGGAGACGAUAAUCUGCGUGUUCCUGUUCACGUGUCUUUACAUGGUGUGCUACCUCAUUCUCACCCACUUCAAGAAGCCUGCUGAGUUUGUCACAGAUGAUAACGAAGAUGCCACCGUCAAUAAAAUUGCGCUGUGGUUGUGUACAUUCACCCUGUCUGUUGCAGUGUGUGCUGUACUGCUUCUUCCCAUCUCUAUUCUGUCCAACGAGGUGCUGCUCACCUUCCCACAGAGUUACUACAUGCAGUGGCUCAACGGCUCUCUUAUCCAUGGCUUGUGGAACCUAGUUUUUCUUUUCUCCAAUUUGUCUCUGGUCUUUCUCAUGCCCUUUGCCUAUUUCUUCACCGAGUCUGAGGGAUUUGCAGGAUCUAAAAAGGGAGUAAUGGCCCGAGUGUAUGAAGCAGUUGUGCUGCUGUUGCUGCUAGCGCUGCUUGUGCUGGGCAUUGUGUGGGUGGCAUCAGCCCUCCUCCAUGACAACAUCGCACGAAAGAGCCUGUACGACCUGUGGGAGUAUUACCUUCCAUACUUGUACUCUGGCAUCUCACUGUUCGGAGUGCUGCUGCUUUUGCUGUUCACCCCCUUUGGGCUGUCUCAAAUGUUCAGUGUUACAGGCAGCCUGCUGGUCAAACCGAGGCUGCUGGAGGACGUAGAAGAUACACUGAGCUGCACUGGAUUCGAGGAAGACUCACUCUACAGGAAACUCAACUGUAAGGAUGUGACGUUUAUACUCUUUCUGAACAUGGAGGCUAUGAGGAAAGAGUACGAAACAGUCCAGAGCAAACGUGUCGCUCUGGAGAUGCGUAGGAAAGCAUCUCCAUGGCAGCGAAACCUGGGCUAUCCACUGGCUAUGCUUGUUCUCCUUGCACUGACGGUGAUGUGUGUACUGAUGGUGUGUUUCAACGUGUUGGAGUUGCUGCUUGACGAGACGGCGAUGCCCAGGGGGAUGGAGGACCCUCACCUGGGGAUGGCCUCUUUCUCCAUGUUUGGCUCACUGGGUGCUGCAGUCCAAGUGGUCCUUAUUCUUUAUUUGAUGGUGUCCUCUGUGGUGGGUUUCUAUAGCUCCUCUCUGUUCUGUGGUCUCCUGCCAAGAGUAAAAGACACUAACCUCACACAGAUCAUUGCAAACUGUGUUUCUCUGCUCAUCCUGAGCUCUGCACUGCCAGUCUAUUCACGCACACUUGGAAUCACCAGCUUCGAUUUACUGGGAGACUUUGGUCGCUACAACUGGCUUGAAAACUUCUACAUCGUGUUCCUUUACAACAUGCUGUUCGCUUGCCUCACGUCGGCCUCUCUUAUAAAGACGGUCACCUGGGCGGUGCAGAGCGAGCUCAUUCGGGCCUUUGGGCUCCACAGGCUGCCUAUAACUGUGUCACGGCCCACCAUCCCGUUCAGACUGCUCCUGGCCAGUGGACUGUCUAAAAUCCAGUGACUUCUAUUCUCUGGAACAUUUAAACACUGAGCCAUACCAAGUGCACCUCCUCUUGGAAUAACGGGAGCAUCAGCUUGGUCUCCUGGCUGGUUCUCAGGUGGUCAGGUCUUUCCUGAAUGACAGGAUGGGUGAAGACCACAGGUGUCUGUGCUGCGUCCGGUCAGAGAUCAGCUUUGAUGCUGGAUCCAAGACCGUGCUCCCAUUUGACUGGAAGCACCACUGUGAGCUGAGUCAUCACAGACAUGAUCAGACAAGGAGGGGGGAAAGGAUGGAAGCCAUGCUGGCAGUCCUGCCACACAGUCACAGUUAUUCUGAUGUAUGUUCAAGCUGUUUUUUUAUCCUCCUUCCUGUUUCAGAUUUACUGACUGUUUUUUUUUUCUAAAAGGCUUCCUAAUAAAUUACUCUUAACUGUUUUAAGAUUGGGAAUCCUUUGCUUCCAUGGUCUCGGGAUGCGUUUUGUAACAAAGUUUAAAAUGU